UCUGCUUCUUGCUUGCUCAAAAUCAAAGUGUGUUAGCUCAGCUCCGAUCAUUGUCUCCGAUUCAUCCUUCUAUUUUGAGAUUCAUGGUGAAUCGCUCACCUUCGCUCCCUCCGCGUAAGCUCUAGCUGUAUCCGAAGCCCUAUCUCUCUGUUGCGUUGGAAUCUAUCGAGCUCGUCCGUCCCCUUCCGGAGCAUUCUUUUAAUUGGUGUGCUGCAGCGCUUUGCGUUUCUGAUCUGGUUAGCUCGUUGAGUUUGAACAGUCUGAGGCUGCAAUGAGUAUCCAACCUAUUCAGUCGGAAACUUCAUCAAAUGGGGCGCCAGCAUUCAAUGGGGAAGCUGGAAGCUUGGAGAGGCUUUCGCGUGAUCGAUUAGUGUACCUCACAACAUGUAAGAUCGGGCAUCAUGUGGAAGUGCAUCUAAAAAAUGGAUCGAUGUAUAUUGGUAUAUUUCAUGCUGCUGAUGUAGAUAAGGAUUUUGGAAUCAUUCUAAAGAUGGCAUGCUUGAUUAAAGAAGGUACUUUACGAGGGCAUAAAUCCCGUUCCGAGUUUGUUAGAAAGCCGCCGUCCAAGACAUUCAUUAUUCCUGCAGAUGAACUUGUGCAAGUUGUAGCUAAGGAUCUCUCUGUAUCCUGGAACGGCAUGUCAAAUGCAGUUCAGAGUGAGAAGCCAAUGGAGCUGUUGACAGACUCUUCUAUAUCACAGUCAUAUCAUGUUGAUAGGGAAAGACAGCUGAAACCCUGGGUACCCGAUGAGAGUGUUCCACUGCGUGCAGAUUUGGAUAAUGUGUUUGAUAACCCUUGGAAUAGGAAAUGGAAUCAGUUUGAGGCGAAUGAGUCACUGUUUGGAGUAAAGAGCACUUUCGACGAGGAACUCUAUACCACAAAACUUGAGAGAGGGACUCAGACUAAAGAGUUGGAAGAGCAAGCCCGGAGGAUCGCGAAUGAGAUUGAGGGUGAGACUACCCGAGAUCUUCAUGUAGCAGAGGAAAGAGGCCUUAAGCUUAAGGAGAAAUUUGAUUUUGACGAGGAAGCCAGGUACUCAUCUGUCAGUCGAGUUACUGGAUUAGAUGAUAGUGGGUUGGAUGAGGAGGACAAUGCGCAGCUGGAUACUUGCAAUGAUCUGACUUUUGGUAGUUCAUCUAUUUCUGAUGGCCAGAAGCCAAUUUCUAGUGGCAAGGGCUGUGAAGAAUUACAGGGUGACAGUCAAUCUUCGCGGGAUAAUACAAAUGUAGAUCAAAGCUGCUCAACCUCUAAACAGCAAUCCAAAGAUCCACCGGCCGCAGGCAGCAGUAUCAGUGAGAGCCAGCUAGAUGAGCGAAGAAGAACUAACAAUAAUCAAGAGGUUUCACACAAUAACAGAUCAGCUGAGGAAUCAACUUCUGGUCAUGGAGAUAUCGACGAAAGCGCAAAAAAUGGUGGUGGUGCAGAAUCUGCGUCGAAGGCUGUUACUGAGAGGGAAAGACAAGUCAGUCAAGGUUCUGGUAAAUCAAAAUCUGAAAGCUCUCCUGGGCAGUCGGCUUCUAGAAGUUCAGAAAGCCGCCCAGCUCCUUCAACAUCAAGUCGUUCUGGGCUAUCGCCAAGCUCAUCAGUUGGUUCUAUGAACUCUUCAGAAAAGUCCACACUAAAUCCGAAUGCAAAGGAAUUCAUAUUCAAUCCGAAAGCGAAGAGUUUCAAACCAGUGCAACCAGCUGCUGCGAGACCUCAAUCUCCAAUCGCAGAUGCCUCAUUCUACUACCCUGCUCCUAGUAAUGUUCCUCCUGUUCAGCAGAUGCCUGGAAUGCCGCCUGUUAAUUACGGAGUCCCGCCAUAUCCGGGCAACCAACAACCUAUGAUGUAUUAUCAGCAACCCUAUUAUCAUCCAAGUGGACAACCCCAGUACCCGCAGCAGCAGCAAAUAAUGCCUGGUCAGCAGCAGCAGCAAAUGGUGCAUGGUCAGCAGCAGCAGCAAAUGGUGCAUGGUCAGCAGCAGCCUAGGCCUGUAUAUUACAUGCCGCAGCAGCCUCCUCCAUACCAGCAGGACAUGCCGCCAUAUCAUAAUCAAGGACGAGAGUAAUUAGUAGUACUCAAUGGUGAUGAUGCUUUGUUUUUUUUU